UCAUGUCUCUUUCCUGUUUUCUCUGGUUUCAGCAUGCUCUGCGGCUGCUCGCUUUCCGUCAGAUCCACAAGGUUCUGGGUAUGGACUCGCUGCCGGCGUCCAAGGCCAGCGCUCGGAACCGCAAACGUCGGCGGGACGGCAGCGACACUGGCGACGGGGAGGGGGAGGGCAAAAAAGACAAAAAGGAAGAAGCAGAAAGCGUCUGACCUCUGCCUCCAGAGCGGAGGCGUGUGCUAGUUUAGAGACUAGUAGAAUGUCACAACUUUCAACUUUUCUUAUCUUGAAAACGAUCUUAACACGCAGCCAUACACAUAUGAAUAUAACUGACUGUACAUGUUACAUGUCUACCUGUGAUUGAAGGGAAGUAAUGUGUGGGGAGGAGACUGAAGCGUGAGGAUCUGUACUACUGAUCCUUCUCGUAUAGUAAUUUCCUGCAGGUUUGGUGUCUUUUAAAUUGUGCAGAGAGAUGUGGCACAGUAAAAAAACAUUUAGAUGUCUGUAAUUGCACACUAACUACUGACCCUCCCUCCUGUUUAUUCACAAUAGUUAAACCACUACAGUUAAAUCAUCAGCACCUUAAGCUGUAUGUUCAGCAGACUCUGAACUCAACCGCUUGAGCCCGGACUCUGAACUAAUGUCAGUGCAUGACAUUUGUAAAACGUUUUUUUCCGUCUGUGUUAAACAAAGAGAAAGAUGGGCGUUCAAGUUUAGAAGCUUUGAAACUGGGGGAAAAGUCCCAGAAGACUGACUGUGUUGAAGAUAUACAUAAAUACAGUACUGUGAUGUUCGUUGUGCCUGGUAUGACACGGUAGUAGUGUGACGCUGUUGAGCUCACCUCUAAAGUCGAGUUGGAAGGCUUACACUAAAAUCACUUCGCCUUUAAAACAUGUACAGAAACGUACAAGGACACAGGAGUUCAGCUUUUUGAGUUUUAUCUGUGGAGGUCACACUGGAGGAGAGAGAGAUAAGUCUUAUGUUGCACAGUCUGUAGCAUGCUGAGGGAAUGAAGCACUUAAGAAAUGACAAUGUUAUUGAAUGCAGCCAUAAUUUUAUGAUUUGAAUAAUAUGCCUAGUAAUCUUUUUUCUUCCAGAGUACGGUUAGCAGACGAGAGAAGCUUUAUUCCAAGAAAUCAGACUGAAUAUCUACUGUAAUGAUCAAGGUGUCCUUUGACUUUCUUCCUUGUGCCUGCAUUAUGUUGUGUAUUACAGAGAAAGGGGGACAUUUAUGAGUCGUUGUUUGUUCAGAUUUCACAAAGAUGUGGGACAAGAAAGGGGCACUUGUACAACUCUUUGGCUUAAAAGUUAAUGUGGGAGCAUUUUAAUUUGCCUUUUUUUGGUGUUGCUUUUCAUCUACCAAGAGCAUCAUAUAAGUAUUGAUUAUUUUAUUUCUGAAGGAAAAUCUAUUUUGUGUUUUAAAUGUAACGUGUGAAUAUUGCUGUCCUUCUAUUAUUUUAAUGUCUUUGUAGUGUUGCCUAAACAUUAAAGGGAGAUAUUAAAACCCUUUUAAGCCAUUUUGUGUCUCAGGAUGUUUGUUGAACCAAAUAAACGCUUUUCUACAUUUUCAAGAGACGCAGGAGAAGAAGAGAAGAAGAAGAAGAGAAGUCCUCUCCAGCGUCACUUCUGUGUCGCCUCAUGAAAUAGAAACCACCUUUAUUGAAGUCUACAGAGGAAGUGGUCCGACAGAUGACAGCCGCGCUGCACGUGAACGUCACACAGUUGGUUUCAAUGAAGACGUUUGACCGAAAAUGUCCCCGCCGGCUGGGUCGAAGAAGGUUUUAAAGUCCAUUUCCGGCUCUUGUUUACGGACCUAGCUGCUCUGGAGAGGAAUGCCCAACAACUGCCCGGAGAGCGGCAGGUACUGAAACAUGCAUGCCGAGUAACCGCACUGAACGAGCUCUGCGGGGCGUUUUACUUCCCAUGCAUGCGACACAUCCUGCAGCCCGCUGACGUCUGAAGCUGCUCGGUGGUGCGUUUGGAUCCGCAGUGUCUCGACAAACAGCUCCUUUCGAAAUGGCUGUUUAUGCACAGAGUUUAAUAUAAUGCUAUGUUAUGUCACUGUUGAACACAGAGCUGUCCAGCCCUCCUGCCCUGCUGAUGGAGAAGAUGAACUGGGCUGCAGGUACACAGUGUGUGGCCAAGGGGGAGCACAGGAAACCCAAACCUGGAGAACUGGCUUACCACAAAGGCGACAUCCUCACGAUCGUUAAUGCCAGCACGAAGAAGGGAUAUUACAAGGCCAGACUCAACACCUCAGGAGAGGAAGGACUCAUAAAUGCCACCAAUGUGCGUGAAAGAGAGGCUCUGCGCGUUGACCCCAGCCUCAGCCUUAUGCCUUGGUUUCAUGGGAAGAUCUCGGGUCCAGAGGCGGUGUGCAAGCUGCAGCCGGCCGAGGACGGCCUGUUUCUGGUUCGGGAGUCUGUCCGCCAUCCCGGCGACUACGUCCUGUGUGUCAGUGUCUCUGGAGGUGUUAUCCACUACCGGGUGAUUUAUCAGGACAAGCAGCUGACCAUUGAUAGCACACAGUUUUUCUACAACCUCAUUGACAUGAUAGAGUUCUACUCAAAGAACAAAGGCUCCAUCGCUACCACUCUUCUGAAACCCAAACAAAAACAAGGAACCAAGUCAGCUGAGUUGGAACUGUCCAAAUCUGGGUGGCUGCUGGACAUUACGAAGCUCAAACUGGGAGAGAACAUCGGAGAAGGGGAGUUUGGUGCGGUUUAUGAAGGAGACUAUAUGGGCCAGAGGGUGGCAGUAAAGACCAUUAAAUGUGAUGUCACUGCCCAGGCCUUCCUGCAGGAGACCACAGUCAUGACGAAGCUCCAGCAUAAGAACCUGGUGCGAUUGUUGGGGGUCAUUCUUCACAAAGGACUUCAUAUCGUCACGGAGCUCAUGACUAAGGGAAACCUUGUCAACUUUCUCAGGACAAGAGGACGCUCAGUUGUAAACUCGGUUCAACUGCUCCGCUUUGCUCUUGAUGUGUGUGAGGGGAUGGAGUACCUGGAGUCCAAGAAGUUGGUUCACAGAGAUUUGGCCGCUCGUAACGUGUUGGUCUCUGACGACAGCCUGGCCAAGGUCAGCGACUUCGGCCUGACCAAGGUGGACUCGAAGGUGUCGGAUAAAGCCAAACUGCCGGUCAAAUGGACCGCCCCCGAAGCUCUGAAGAAAGAGAAAUUCUCCACAAAAUCAGAUGUCUGGAGCUACGGUGUUCUCCUGUGGGAGAUCUUCUCUUACGGCCGUCAACCUUAUCCUAAGAUGUCUCUGAAGGAGGUGAAGGAGAGGUUGGAGGGGGGCUAUCGUAUGGAGGCUCCAGAGGACUGCCCCCCCGUCGUUUAUUCGCUGAUGAGGAUUUGCUGGGAGCAGGAGCCAUGCAGAAGACCUGCGUUUAACAAACUAAGAGAGAAACUUGAACAAGAGAUGGGUAAACACAGCCCUGGGUCUGAGGGCCGGGAGGGGACCAGGUCUGCCUCUGGAUGCUGAUCUUUGUUGUGGAUCCUUGAGCUCACAGCGGUGGUAAUAGACUGGCGGCUGAUGGACAGGUAACACACACAUUUUUUCCCGCUCCUGAUGGUGUCCUUCACACAAGAUGGCCCGGUGGAGUUCCUACUGGAUUUCCUUUCAUCUAGUGGAUGAGAGAAGACGAUCGUUAUGUGACUGCUCAUCACAUAAUGCUGAUGAGGAAGGGUUUCGCGGUUGGAUCCGUAAAUAUAUGCGAAACUUUGCUUUGGUCCAUUACCAUGAAAGUGUGUACAUACACCAAUUAUCCCCAGAGGAUCCUAAUUACUGCACCUUGCACGGUCAACCAAGGACCCCAUGUUGCCAUGAUCACAAACACAAACACACACACGAAACAAUGUCAGCCACACAUUGUUGUGGCUGGUAGUCGACCCCACAGGACGAUGCACAGCCGCUGUCUGAAGUCUGUUGACACUGUUUGUAGUGCGACACCAGAUCGCAUGAAGCUCCAAAAAACAUCAAUGCAUUGCUGCAGCUAGCAUUGAGUAGCCAAAGACAAUGGUGAGGGGCACAACAGCGCCAUCAUGUGUUGCAAGUACUGCACAUGGAGUUUGAAUCUCCUAAAAUGACCUCAUAUGUUGGUAUGUCAGUUUAGUAGUCAGGUUUCCUUCAUGGUGAGACCUCAAUGGAUCCUAAUAAAUCCUCCUUAUCCCUCAUUUUGUAUAAACCUUUUUCUGGAAACAAUUUCUGUUUGUUCUAUAAGUUAUUCUUCUGAUAUAAUUAAUUUGUCCAUAACAUUUAAAUUGUAUUCUUUCAACAUAAUGAUUGCAGCUAUUAUUAUGUUGAUUUGAUUGUUGGUCUCUUUAAACUAACUUAAUGGUACUAUUCUAGAAAUUCCAACACUGAAAUAAACUAAAACAAUUUCCCAUUUAAAAAUGACGUUCACCUCACUCACCUGACUUUACAUUACCAUAGAAACAUUCUCAAGAUCAGCCAAUCACAGCAGUGUGUUCUCUCUUUCUGCCUGUGUGCUUUUGCAUGGCAGAGAACCAGAGAAUCACAUGAAUGUUACCUUCUCCAUCACCGUUUCUCUCCCCCUUUCUGCCUCCCUCCUUCCUUCCUUCCCUCCCUCCCUCCCUCUCCACUUCCCUCAGUAAACUGACACUUUGCAUUCACACGUUAGCUGCUUUUACCUCUAAUAGGAUCAGGAGGACUUACAUUUUCAUCUGAUGAAACUAAGCAGCUUGAUAACUGCACUGCUCCUUCUUAACCAAUUUAUGUUCAAUAAGGAUAACAGAGAAACAGUAGAACAACGUAUGAACAAAAUCAUAAAGAGAUAAACAAGCACCUUGGACUUUCAUUACUUCGUCAGUGAGAGUCCUUUUGCAAACAGACCGGUGACUCCAAUGAGAAUGAAGGAUUGUUGAGGCAAAACGAUGUUAUUGUGGUACACUCUGGUUUAGAUGCUUUUAUUUAGAUGAUUAUUCAGGAUGUUAAUUUCUUUUUUUUAAAAUAUUUGUAUAUAUGUUUAUUUAUAUAUUGCUGGUAUUAAAAGUAGUUUGACCUAAAAUGUUAUAACAUCAUUCCACUCCAAUAUUGUUCCUUAAAACAUGUUGUAUUAUGAUGUUAUUUGUGUUAAUGGUAUCUUUUUUUCUUGCCUGAAUGAUCUUAUACAAAUUGCUAAUGAAAUAUUUACAUUUGUAUGUAUUUUUGAUUAAAAUGCCUGAUCCAAAGAAUCAACUUAA